AGUUGCAAAGCUACUUCCUGUGUCUGUGUUCAGAAAGCGAAAGAGUUUUGCGCGUGAUAGUUGACGGUACACCCCUGCUGGAGGGUGGCGACGACCUGUGAACCAUGGUUGAUAUGCAGUUUGUACUUUUGCUGCUUACGGUCCUCCUGCUCAUGUCGACAGGCGAGCCACAAGGACACGGGAGUCUACGCUUUGUUGGCAUUGGUGACUGGGGGGGUAUCCCAGGCAACCCAUUCUCCACUCCCCUGGAGAGGGCAAAUGCUGUCGAACUGGGAAGAGUAGCUGAUGCCACAGGCCUCGACUUUAUCCUCAGCCUGGGUGACCACUUCUACUACAGUGGUGUGAAGGACAUUGAGGACUUUCGAUUCAAGGUGACAUUUGAGCAGAUCUUCAAUCACUCAUCGCUGCUUAAGCUCCCAUGGUAUCUCGUAGCAGGAAAUCACGAUCACAUAGGAAAUGUCUCGGCACAAAUAUCUUAUUCCACAAAAUCUCCAAGAUGGAACUUUCCCAGCCUGUAUUACAAGCUACAGCUGAAGGUUCCACAGACUUCCGCAUCGUUGACGAUCCUCAUGAUUGACACAGUGGUGCUGUGUGGCAACACAUACCAGGAAACUCAGCCCCAUGGCCCAGAGAACCAUGUGGAUGCUGCCAAGCAACUCAGCUGGAUCCAAACACAGUUGGAGAACACCAAGUCAGAGUUCCUGGUAGUUGCGGGUCACUACCCGGUGUGGUCUAUCGGACAUCAUGGUCCCACGCACUGCCUAGUGGACAAGCUGAGGCCCUUGCUGAAAAAACAUAACGUCACGCUGUAUCUGAGUGGCCAUGAUCACAGCCUACAGUUCAUCCAGGAGGACGACGGCAGCGCGUACGCUGUGAGCGGCAGCGGCGCUUUCGAUGACAGGUUCGCGCCGCACCGGCGCAGCUUCCCAGCUUCCUGGCUGCGCUUCUCCAGUGCUGUCAACAAUACCUCCGGAGGGUUCACUUACAUCGAGGUCUCGCAGGAAGAAAUGCUCAUCAGUUACAUCCAAGUAGAUGGAAAAUGUGUUUAUCAAGCUGCUUUGCCAAAACGCAAAAUCUAAAUGCUACCACCAUUGCACUUUUCUCCCCUGUUACAAUAACUGAUUGUUUUAUUAGCCUACAAUCAUAAAAAUCCAAAACAUUUUUGCAGGAUUGCCAACUCUGACGCAUCUGGCAUGACACUCAGACACUUUCAGACGCAAGAAAUUUUAUGGUAAAUCUAUAUGGCAAAUAUCUAUAUAGGCCUAAUGCCUGUUAUUAGGUUGUAAACCUAAAAUUUGAUAUAUCGAAAGCGUUGGGGUAGUUUGAAAACCCUACAGUCUGUAAUGUAGUAAGACUCUUACAUACUUGUAAAUACGCGUGCAGACUUGUCAUGAAUUGAAAAUCUCACGUCAGUCGGUUGACCAAAGUUGGCAACCCUAUUAUUGUUUUUCAUGUGUUUGAUCAGUAUUGGAUUUUUACGUGUUUGAUGUUUGAUUUAAAGCAGUCAAAUGCAUGUUGCUAAACUCUAGCGUGUGGAACCGGAUUUUCAAAAAUGUGUCCGAAGUGAAGAUGACAGCAUGGACAACAGACUGGAACAGGAAUACAAUCUUUGUAUAAUAAAAUAAAAAUAUAUGUUAUUAUUUUAUCAGUA